CCUUACCUCUACCCUCCAUAAUUUCAUCCCAUCUCAUUUCACAUGAUUUCAUUUCAUUUUAAUUAAUUUCAGUUCAUUUCAUUUCAUGCCAUGUUUCAUAUUAUCAACUUCAUUUCAUAAAAUCAUUUUUCAUAUAAAGAAAUAUAUAAAAGAUUAGGCUAUAUGGUAUGAUACCUUUGCCUUUCCAAUUGGAAAAUAAAACUACUACUAAUCUAUGGUAUACAGUUUAAGUGUAUAAUCUAUGGUAGUAUACACGAAAUCACGAAACACUAGACCAUAGACUAUACUUAACUUUAGACCCUAGAGCAGUACAUUCACUUUGUUUAAUUUUUUAAAGUACAUAUUAAUUUAGUGACUUAGUGAGUGUGAAGCGAAAGAACUCUACAAUGGAAUCUGAAGUGGUUAAAGAAAAGAUUCAUACAGAACCGAUCCUGAACGAUCCACGAUACAUAACCUUACUUAGCCUUAUUGUUCUAGCAGUAACCCUCAUAUUUUGGUGGAUUUUCUCUCGAAGGUAUACUCUUCGCAACUCAGUAUUGUUAAUGGGCCUAUCAGACUCUGGCAAGACUUUGCUGUUUGUAAGACUCGCUUACUCUCAAUACAGACAGACUUUUACUUCUAUGAAAGAAAAUAUUGAAGAGUAUAUAACUUCUAAUAAAACAUUGAAAAUAGUUGAUCUGCCUGGACAAGAGAGACUGAGAAAUAAAUUCUUUGAACAGCACAAGAGUAGUGCUAAGGGAAUUGUGUUUGUGAUUGAUUCUAUCAAUAUACAGAAAGAAAUCAGAGAUGUAGCAGAAUACCUAUACACAAUCUUGUGUGAUCCGAUCAUUCAGGGAAACACAACUCCCCUUCUAAUAUUGUGCAACAAACAGGACCAGCCAUUAGCAAAAGGAAGCCAAGUUAUCAAAGGAUUACUCGAAAAAGAAAUAAAUUUAGUUCGUGUGACCAAAUCGAAUCAACUGCAGUCCGUCGAUCCGUCUGAAGGCAACAUCGGGUCGUUCCUAGGUAAAGAGGGUAAAGAUUUCGAAUUCUCUCACAUUAGAAAUAAAGUCGAAUUCGCAGAGUGCUCGGCCAACACGAAUGACGAUGAAAAUCCGACUGACAUCAAGCCUCUGCAGGAUUGGAUCUCGAAGCUGUAGACUGAAAUUAUCAUAUAUUUUUUUUGCACUACCUACUAUACUCAGCAUUUUUAGCCACAGUAGGUACACUAAUGUGUCGUUUUGUUAUUUUAAAAAUGUUUAAUUAGACAUAUUCAGAAAAUAAUUUUGCUUUUUAUGUUUAUUUGAGAUAUCGUCGCUGUCAAACCAAAAUCUGCUAUGUGCAAAAACUCUAUUUUGGAUUAAGGAGUAAAAACAUUUUCGUAUAAAAUUUUAUAUGAAGGUGUAUUUUUAAGCACUAUAUCAAAUGAAAGCUAUAAAUAAAUAUUAAAGCUAUAGAUAGACGCAUAACAGUUUUUUUUAUACGGUAGAUAGGGCUGUGAACUAUACGAAAAGGUCAAAAAGUAAAAAUCUCAAACAAAAAUUUGCGCAUAGCAGAUUUUGGUUUGACAACGACGCAAUGUUAAUUAAGUUGUUUUUUUUUUUGCUUUUUUUAUGCUUUCUUCAUCAAUAUUCCAUUGUAAAUGAGCGUUACCAUUAUGUAUCAACGCUAGACUGAUGAUGUAUGUAUAGGCAGAUACUUAUUGAAUAUUGUAUUUAACUGUAUUUUGAUAUGCAAAUUAAAUAAACUACCUAUUAUAUUUUUUAAA